AGGAGAUUGCAGGUGAGCGCAAAUGUCAGGGGCACCUCGAGUUGAUUCAGCACCUUCUUGACCUAAUAAAGAGGUGGGUGCAGUAAAGGCAGCUCGCUGGGUUCUGUCACUGCCCUCUCUGUUAUCCAGUGGAGCUGUAUAUCAGCGGCUGGAGUGGACUCUGACCUACCCAGGAGCCAUGUGAUUCCCAUCAGUGCUUCUGUGUAAGAGCAGCCCGAGGAGAUCUGUCACUAAACCUCCAUGUGAGAUGACAGCAAGUCGUUUUCAAAGCCUGCAGGGACCGAGCACACUUGUAUGACAGACAGGGGAGGUGGGACUAUUUUGGGAGGCGCCUUCUUCUUCUGCAGACUCUCCUCAGACUGAUCUGGCUCUAGCAUGGCUCUGUUGGUCCACCUGCUGGCCUGUGGCUUUGGCCUGGGCUCUUGGGUGGCAGUUAACGGUCUGUGGGUGGAGCUGCCCCUCAUCGUCAACACGCUCCCGGAGGCCUGGGAGCUCCCGUCCUACCUGACGGUCAUCAUUCAGCUGGCCAACCUGGGACCUCUGCUGGUCACCCUCAUGCACAAACUGUGCCCGGGUCGCCUUAAGGAGCAUAUUGUCAUUUACUUUAUCCUCUCCAACGGGGUCCUGGCCUGCAUCCUGCUUGCCUUCUUCUGGGACAGGACUACGGUGGUGGCCGGUGCACUGCAUAGCACGGCCUUCUUCAUCAUCACCUUCUUCCUCUCUUUGGUGGACUGCACCUCUUCAGUUACCUUCCUGCCUUUCAUGAUGCAGCUUCCAGCUAAAUAUGUCACCACCUUCUUUAUCGGAGAAGGGCUAAGUGGCUUUAUACCUGGCGUAGUCGCUCUGGCGCAAGGUGUGGGCAUCGCAAAAUGUGUCAACUCCUCUCAGACUGCAGGAAACCACACAGGAGAGGACAUGUGGACGAUACACACAGAGUACCUUCCUCCUAACUUCUCCCCCAGGGUGUUUUUCUUCUUCCUGGCAGCCAUGACGUGUAUAAGCCUGGCGGCCUUCACAGCGCUGAACAGGCUUCCUCGCACAUACGAGCUGUCCACAGAAAACCUCGUGCCAGACACGGUGGCAUCUGUCAGCUCCGGGCUGGAUAACCCCGGAGCAGAGAAGGACGGACAAGACGUGAAAGGCCAGGGUGAGGGGUUAGGCCAGAGCAGGCCUCUGCUUGGCUACAGACACUCUGUAUACCAGCUGACCUUCAUCUACUUCCUGGUGGUUUGGGUUAAUAGUGCAACCAACGGCCUUCUGCCCUCUGUGCAGACGUACUCCUGUAUGCCCUACGGGAACCUGGCCUAUCACCUCUCUGCUGCUCUGUCUUCAGUCGCCAACCCGCUGGCUUGCACCAUUGCAAUGUUCUUCCAAAACAGGUCACUCGUCUUUCUCGGAGGGCUGACGGUGUUGGGGACGGGAUUUGGCAGCUAUAACAUGGCCAUGGCAGCUCUGAGUCCAUGUCCGCUACUUCAAGGCUCUGCGGUGGGAGAGAUGAUUAUUGUGCUGUCUUGGCUCUUCUUUACGGGGACGCUGACUUAUGUCAAAGUAAUGGUGGGUGUUAUCCUGAGAGACCGGAGCCACAACGCCCUGGUCUGGUGUGGAGCUGCGGCGCAGAUGGGCUCAUUAGUGGGCUCGCUCACCAUGUUCCCGCUGGUCAACGUCUACCAGCUGUUUCAGUCUGGAGACUUCUGCAACACUAAAUGUCCCUGAUAUUUCAAUGGAGGAGACAGGGAAGACUUUGACCGUCUCUUUCUGAGCGUUUGAUUUGGGAUCAAUACCACUCCUAUAUUUGCUUAAGUAUGGGGAAAGACGCAGGAGUCAACUAGCUUAGCUUAGCUGUAAGAAUGAAAAAAGGGAACAUUGCUAUUCUAGCUCUGCCAAAAGGUUCCUAUCAGCACUUAUAAACCAGUGUAUCUUGUUUAAUCUGUGCACAACUCUUGAGCUGUUUUCACACAUGCACUACUGAAGAUUGUCUAGAAGGACAGUUUUUCCCUUCAUAUCAAAGCUACGUGUAAUUAUACGUAUUCACAGUAUCAAGCAGAAAAGAGAAUGAAGCAGCUUUAUUACGUGCUCAAAGAUCACACUGGUCAUCACUCCAACCCACGAGGGAGCUGGUAGGAAAAGAGCCCGGCAAAGUUAGGGUGAAAAUUGUGUCUGUUCCUGUGAACACAUGCAGCUCACCCCGAAACGUUUGGGAUCAUUUCAGGACUUGUGUGUCUUUGAAAACACCAUAAAUGUAAGCUGCUGCUUUUUUUUUUUUUUUUUCCACAGUUGCUCCAAAUAUGUUCACUUCUUCUGGCACUCAGCAUCAGAAUCAGAAAUACUUUAUUAAUCCCAGGGGGAAAUUCGGUGUUACCAUUGCUCUUCACACAAUACAGCAGUAGGAAAUAAAAUAAAAUAGAGAUAAUAAAAUAAGCAAUAAAAUGAGCAAUAAGUACCAAGUAGGGCUAUAUACAAUAAUAGGAUAUAUACAGUAUAUAUACAAUAAUAGGAUAUAUACAGUAAUAGGAUAUAUACAAGAUAAAGCAAUAUUUACAUUAUGAAUGUGAACUGUAAACAGAUACUGCACGUUGUAAAGGUGUAAAGAUAUUGCACAGUGUAUUGACCAGUUUGCAGACAGAUUGCACAGUUUCAGAGUUCAAUAACAUGUCCAGGUUAAUAAUCCAGUGUCCGGGUGUGUGAUUCUUAGAGGGAGGAGUUAUAAAGUCUGAUGGCCACAGGCAGGAAUGACCUCCUGGGUCGUUCUGUGAUGCAUCGUGGGGGAAUCAGUCUGAAUGAGCCGUAGAUUUAACAUUUGAUUUUUGUACAUUUUGAACAGGAUAAAACCUGUUAAUUAACUAUAGUGAUGCUAGUAAGCUUAUCUUCUACUCUGGGCAGAUUCAGGCUAGCUUUGCCCCCCAUUUCUGUUCUUUAUGCUAAGCUAAGCUAACAGGCGACAGGCUCAAGCUUCAUAUGCAGCCUACACAUAAAGGCGGUAUUAAUCGUUUCUUUAAUGCGCAGCAAAAAGGCACAUUUCCCAAAAUGAGGAACCUUUUCUAAAGGUUCAUCUAAAGCGCCACAAACCUUGCCCCAAAAUGUUUAUUUUUUAUUUCUUUGAUUUUGAAGCCAUGUUUGCACUUAACUUUAUAAGUGUGUCAUGUAAUACACUAUCAUGGACUAAACUAUGAACUUGUAUAAACAUUAAACAACAGAAGUCGAACACUGA